CAGAACGCGUAAUAUCAGCAUUUUCUGUUAAUACAUUCAAAACAAGAUUGGAUCUCUACAACGUCACAAAUUAUAAGAAUGAAUAUAUAUUGAUAGACUUCCUCUCUUUGCUACUGAAGACUAACAGAAGCGCUCAUUACAGCAUUUGAGUUACGACAUUGAUAGCUGGCGGAAUAAUCGAAGUAGGUUGUAGUGUUGUGCUAAAUUUGCAAAUAUAAAAGCCUAGCAAAACUGUAACUUACGGGAGAAUUCGGAUUUAUAACUGAGGAUCUUGGGUUUUUGCACGAAACACAUCCAAGCCAAGCAUCAAAUAAUGGGGAAAUAAAGGCGAACAAGGGGGAAAUAAUGGGAAAGCACACAAAGAUGUCUGCUUUUUCGUCUGUCAGAAGGAAAUGAUGCGGAUUUUCCCUCUUUUUGUCGCUCUGUUAAAAAUGUCGUCGAACUGUCAAUUUUUCUCGUAAAUUCAGGUCGAAUUACCUGUUUUCGAUUAAAUCAUUAACAUAUCUGUUGCUUAAUCCUAAGUGUCUCAUGUGUUCACCUUUAUUUUCAUAAUAAACCACACGGCAAUCGCAGUCGACAACGUUGAAAACGGUACAUGUUUAAAGAAAUUUGAAAAGAAAAUGCGACAUAUUGUACAAGAUUACGAAUAGAUACUAAAGCAUCGAUCGUUAUGUGUUUCCGUGUCAAGUCUUUUAUACGUUACCGGAAUCCAGUACCGUUCAUACAGGCAUUCGGCUAUCAGGACUCAGUAGCAAGGUAGACAACGCGAUGGCGUUUGAAGCGAACAGCACUGGGUUCGAGUCCCAGAGUGAACAUCAACUCUAAGAUGCAGAUACAUCCAGCUGACGAGUCCCAAAUAGGAAAAAACUCACGUCCUGUAUCCCACUGCUAGCCACUACCAAUCUUUGUUCAGAUGGAAAUAGUUUUCCUUUACAAACCUUGUUGUCAUUAACGCUUUUUGCCUUCUUGGUUCUCCUUUAUGUUGUUUCAAUGUGGGAUGGCUUGAGUUGAUGUAUGGGGUUCAAAGUCAAUACAUCUGGUUCCCCUUAUGUCUUCCCAUGAAUUAGUCGAAUAUUAAUAGUAGCUACUUAAAACUGUGAUCACAAUAUGUUGUGGCUAGUUAUUUUGUGAAUGAGAUGAUAAAUAUUACUAUUUUCAUUGUACAUUAACCGAAAACCGUUUUUUCUUUUGUCACUACAGCAAUUAACUGAAAGAAGCCUUCUGAUACCUUGUGUAGAAUGUGGUAAAAAUGGCUAUUGGUGUUCAUUUAACGAAGAUUGGUGUAUAGAUACUAACACAACAGCGUUCUAUAUUGAAAAUGACUGUCCCAUCACCAUACGAUGGUAACCCACAAACACAGUUUGAUUUCGAAGAAGAGUAUGAUGAACUGAAUGCUCAACUGGAUGCAUUGUCAAAGUGCUUAGAUAUAUUGGAAGCAAAAGGUAAAAAAGUAUGCGACGAAGCUAAGCGUCUUAUUAUUGAAUACAGAAGUCAAAACUAUGAAACGUCAUCUUGAAUUAUUUUCAACAUACACUUAUCACAUAAAUAUUCUAUGUAUUUUUUUCAUUCAUGACACUUGAUUUCUCGAAAGAUACUUUUAUUGUAAUUGAUUUUCUCAUAUUUCCAUUUGAUUUGUCAAAUAACUGGUUUCAUUAUGUUACAAUACUUUUAUUUACACAUAUCUAAAUGAUUAAUGAAGUUUUAUUAGACGGUUAUUCAUCUUAAAAGUUAUGAUAAUCAUACUAAUUAUAUAAUAUCUAUACCUCAG